ACACCAGCCUGGGAUCAUGGCGGAGGUGGCAGACGCCAGUGGCUACAGCACCGCCACUGUCACCGAGACCAGUGCCGCCAAGCUGGAGAACCGCAGCCUGACGCUGAAGCUGCACAAGCGGAAGCUGGACAAGAAAGUGGAGUGGUCAAGUGACACCGUAGACAACGAACACCUGGGCAACCACUCCUCCAAGUGCUGCUGCAUCUAUGAGAAUGCGUUCCAGGAGAGCUCAACUGAGAAUGAGGAUGAAGAUGAGGAGGAAGCCCUGGAGAGGGGGAGGGGCCCGGGGGGGCCGGACGGGCACGUGACGCGCUAUGGGCUGGAGUGGCUGGUGAAGAACAGCUACGAGGGGCAGAAGCAGCAGGUGAUGCACCCCCGCAUCCUCUGGAAUGCUGAAAUCUACCGCCAGGCCCACACUGCCAGGCUUCCUGGACACAGAUGA